AGCAUGCCCGACGUCCACCUCUUCCUCCUCAUCCACGGUCUGUGGGGCCACCCUUUCCAUCUCGCCCAAGCCAAAGCCGAGCUCGAGGCUGCGUGGCACGCCCACACCCCCUCCAGCACCGGCACGCAUGGGACGCCUGGGACGCCCGACGGCGAUGUCACCGGCGCCGAGACCACGCCGCUUCACACCUCCUCGGUGUGUUCCAGCGACAGCGGCGACACGAUGGUCGACCGGCUCAACCUCCGCAUGCGCCCGGACCUCGUGGUCGUCGUCGCGGAAGGCAUGACUGCCAUGCUGACGUAUGAUGGGGUGGACGUGUGCGCGAGCCGUGUUGCUUGGGAGGUGGACGAGCACAUCGCUGAGAUCGAGCACGGUGGUCGCCGCGUCACACACAUCAGUAUUCUCGGGUACUCGCUGGGCGGUAUGGUCGCGCGCUACCUCGUCGGCCUGCUCGAGGCGCGCACGCCCUCGUUCUUUGACAAGCACAUCCCCGUGUCGUUCACGACUAUCGCUACCCCUCAUCUUGGCGUGGCUCGUUACAACACGCUGCUCUCCAACGUCGUGUUCUGGCUCGGAGCACGCCUUCUGAGCCGCUCAGGCGAGCAGAUGCACCUCGUCGACACGUAUUCGGAGAUGGAUCCGCGUCCGCUGCUGGAGGUCAUGGCCGAUCCGAAGCACGUCUGGCACCAAGCCCUUGCCCGCUUCGACCAAGUUCACGUGUACGCCAACACCAUCAACGACAACACGGUGCCGUUCCCCAGCGCGGCGAUCGCUUCCACAGACCCCUUCGUGCAGUGGACCGAGCGCGGACUCGACGUCGACGCGGACGACGCGGGCAUCGUCUCGCACUGGCGCUUCCCGCACGGCGGUGCGCCGCGCAAGCGCAAAGUACGCUUCCACCUCGGCAGCCUGCCGCCGACGCUCCGCUUCCGCUGGCCGUACUCGUGGAUGAUCCUGGCGCUCUUCCCCAUCGUCUUCCCCAUCCUUGCGCUGUUCGUCUUCUGCCGCUUCAGCCUCGACACCCGCCGCUCCCGUCUGCGUCUGCAGCGUCUUGCACGCUCCUACAGCGACAUCAGUCCCGAGUCUGGGGCAUCCCCCAUUCCCUCCCCCCACGGACUCAGCAUCGACGCCCUCCGCGCCGCUAUCCGUGCCGUCGAGCGUUCGCUCGAGCAGGACCUCAUGGAGGCCGCUGAUGCCGCCGACACCGCGCCUUCGCCGCCGGAGGACGAGCCUGAUUCGCCGGCGUACCCUGAGCCCACGAUCAAGGCUCUCCUCUCCGACAGCCAACACCGCAUGGUCUACUGGCUUAACCAGCUCGAGCCGACGCGCCACCUUGCGUGGUUCCCGGGAGUCGCCAACGCCCAUGCCGUCAUUGUAGUGCGAGACCCGGCCAAGUUCGCUGUGCACGAGCGCGGCCGCGGUGUCCUCCAGCACUGGGCCCGUGUUGCGGUCCACGCCGCUGAGGAGGCCGUCCUUGUCAAGGAGUCCGCGACUUGACGGCCUCACAAUCUUGUGAUCUACUGCGCAUCUCCAUUGAUCAGGCUCCAAUUUCCGCAACAUGUUUAUUCCGCAUAGACCGCACACCUCGUUCAUCAUGUACAUUUUAUAGAGCGUUGGGCCAUGGCUGCCUGGUACAAUGUAGGUGGUGCCUGUAAGAUACAACAUGCGACGGAGCGAGGGGAGGAGUCGGAGUUGGAAGAGAAUGCUGGGCAGAAGUAGGUUGUACAUGAAGCGGGUGAGGUGUUGAGGUAUUAUAAUGAAUUUCUCAGGCGUUAGAGACGUCCGGCGCCGUCACCUACCCCGUGCGUUUGAGCCACGGAACAUGUCCGUUGAGGUAAACGAGGUGCACGUUCCAGUGC